GCUGAUACCAACUGCAUAGAGUGGCUAGAGCCUGCAGCCAAUUGCUUCAGCAUAGAGGAGGAUGACACCACCAAGACCAAGAAUACAGAUGCAUACAAUGCAUGCUAUGUCAAAGUCAUUCUCAGAGAGAUCAUGAUUGGUGAUGACUUGACUAGAGACCAGCAGAGAGAGAUUAUGGACUUUAUGACAGAGUUUGCAGACUACUUCAUCUUGUCAAUGAAUGAGGUUUAA